CUGUCAUUUCAUUUGUGUUGUGAUUUCCGUCCGGACCGCAGUACACCGAUCGCGAACUCCGUUUAAUUUAUUUUUACAUGUUACCCUGAGAAACAAAUCGGUUAAUUUUCGUUCGCCGACGUUUUACGUUCGUAUUAUGGACGAUAAAACGUCCCUCAAGGAACUAGACCAAUGGAUUGAGCAGCUGAACGAGUGCAAACAGUUGACCGAGAGCCAAGUGAAGUUCCUGUGCGACAAGGCAAAAGAAAUUUUGACUAAAGAGUCUAAUGUACAAGAAGUAAAAUGUCCGGUGACAGUAUGCGGGGAUGUGCACGGACAGUUCCACGACCUAAUGGAACUGUUUCGAAUAGGUGGAAAGUCCCCAGAUACAAAUUACCUGUUCAUGGGAGAUUAUGUUGAUCGUGGUUACUAUUCUGUUGAAACUGUUACAUUAUUGGUUGCAUUAAAGGUACGAUACCGUGAAAGAAUAACAAUUCUUAGAGGUAAUCAUGAAAGUCGACAGAUUACACAAGUGUAUGGCUUCUAUGACGAAUGCUUACGAAAGUAUGGUAAUGCGAACGUAUGGAAGUUUUUUACCGACCUGUUUGACUAUCUCCCAUUGACUGCACUUGUUGACGAACAGAUUUUCUGUCUUCACGGUGGGCUGUCUCCAUCCAUUGACACGCUAGAUCAUAUUAGAGCAUUAGAUCGUAUGCAAGAAGUCCCUCAUGAAGGUCCUAUGUGUGAUCUAUUAUGGUCAGACCCUGAUGAUCGUAUUGGUUGGGGUAUAUCACCUAGAGGGGCCGGUUAUACGUUCGGUCAAGAUAUUUCAGAAACAUUCAAUCAUUCGAAUGGUCUGACACUUGUUUCCAGAGCUCAUCAACUUGUGAUGGAAGGUUAUAAUUGGUGUCAUGAUCGUAAUGUAGUGACAAUAUUUUCGGCCCCUAAUUAUUGUUAUCGGUGUGGUAACCAAGCAGCUAUUAUGGAACUAGACGACGGCUUAAAAUACUCAUUUUUGCAAUUCGAUCCAGCACCAAGACGCGGCGAACCACACGUCACCCGUAGGACACCAGAUUAUUUCUUAUAAGCUAACAACACCAACUGUGUCUGGUAUCAGCCUACUUUACGGUAUGAUUAAAUAAUAAAUAUUUAUAUACUUAUACAUAUUAAUAUAAAUAUAUAUAUAUAUAUCGCCAAGUCUUAUCUAAGUAAUACAAUUUUAAUGAUAAUGUAAGAAAACUAAUUAAGAGCAAAAGUUAAACUGUAUUUUUGUUCUUUUUUUUACGCUGGCAUUUUUAUUAUUUUUUAUUUAUACUUUCAAGUAAACGGACAGGAUUAAUAAAUAUCUUUUAAAGAAAAAAAUCAAAAAUUAUUUCAGUUAUAUAUAUUAUACAAUUGUUUUUUUAAAUGCUGUGUGGCAUUUUUUUUCGACAUUAUUGGAGGAAACAUUUUACAUCUGUAUUCCUAACAAAUAAUUUCAUAGAAUAAUUAAAAAUAUUUACAUUCUAAUCUAACGUCAUUAAAAAAAUAUAUAUAUACGUGUAGUUUUUAACAUGAUUGUAAUCAUUUUUCCUGUUGUUUAUAAGUUAAGUAAAAAAAAAAUGAAAAUCAUAGGCAAAUAUUACAGUUUUAAAAUAUUUAUAUUUUAAAUUUGCGAGUAACUAAUUUGUACUUUACACAUAAAUUAGAAAUCAUGUUGUAAAAAUUAUAAUUAUUCUAACAAAAUGUGUAAGUAUAGAUUAUGAAAAAUUUUGAGUUGUAUAGUAGGAUGAGUAUAUCUUUUUUUUUCUUGUCUUUGUGAGCAAUCGAGAUUCGGAUUUAACACUCGGGUAUAAUUUGUCAAUAGACUUUUUAUUUUAAUCAAACCAUUUCUGUUUGUUCUUAAUUUAUUAUUAUUAUUAUUAUUAUUAUUAUUAUUAUUAUUUUAUAAAUUUAUUUAUUACAAUAAUUAUUAUAUCCAUUGCUAAAUCCGAAAUUGGUUAGCAUUUAAACAGCUUAUAAUGGGUUGUCAGUAUUUUUAAUUUCCAAUAUAUUUUUCCCUGUCAUAAUGAUUAAUUUACUAGGCCAUCAGGUCUUCUUCAAUUUGUAUAUUUCCAAAUUCAUAAAUUAUAGUAUAACAUUUAUCCUGGUGACUUUUUACCUUGUUUUGGACAGAAUAUAUUUUCUGUGUCCACUAUAGAACCAAUAUAACAUCCAGCACCUCAAAAUUGAUUCCAGAUUGAAAGCAUAUUGCUAUGAAAUUAGUAAGCUAAACAAAGUUGCAUCAAGUAUAUGGACAUAGAAAGAAUUUCACAAUAUUUUUUAUAAAAUAUGUAUAUUCAUAAGAUCGUAAUUUAAAUUACAAACCAUAUAUAACUUACUUUUAAUCAUAACUUAAUGAAUAAUAACUAAAGGAUUUUUUAACAAAGUCGUGAUUAUAUAAUUUGUAUUCUAAUUUUAUUUGUAAUCUAAUGAAAAUAUAGAUUUUCUUGUAUCAUUA